AUGUCUCCUUCAAUCAAGCUUGAUGCCAAGCUCGCUGAGCUGAAAAUGGCCGAUGUUAGACUGCUCAUCCUCGGUACCCUGUGCCACGAUGGCAAGAUCGACUGCGAGAAGCUUGGCGCUCUCGCUGGUAUGAAAAAGACUUCUGCCAACACGAAUUACUGGCGCGCCAAGAACCGCCUCUCGCAAAUUCUCGAUGGAAAAGAGGAGUCUCCUACCCAGACUACCGAUUCCAAGCCCGAGAACUCCAACACUGCAGCCAAGAAGACCCCUGCUGGUACCAAGCGUGGCGCGGCCAAAGACGCACCUGCCAAGAAGGCCGACUCGGCUCCUAAGCGUCGGAAGGCUGCACCCAAGGCUGCGUCUAAGCCCGCUGAUGAGUCCGCCCAGCCUGAAGAGUCCGCCCAGGCAGAGGAGACCAACGACAAUGGCCUCGCCGACACCGCCCACUUGACCGAGUAG